UUCCAACAAUAUGCCUAAGCAGGUAGAGGUGCGGAUGCAUGAAAGCCACCUGAGCCCUGUGGAGACAAGACGCAAGAAUAUAUGCCUGCGGUUCUGUCAAUCACUCAGAAAAAACCUGCUCCUGUCUCUUACUGUAUUUGGUGUCAUCAUGGGUGCAGUAUGUGGCGGCCUUCUUCGCCUGGCAACUCCCAUUGAUCCUGACAUAAUCAUGUUAAUAGCCUUCCCAGGAGAUAUCCUUAUGAGGAUGUUAAAAAUGUUGAUCUUACCUUUAAUUAUAUCCAGUUUAAUCACAGGAUUGUCAGGUUUGGAUGCUAAAGCUAGUGGUCGAUUGGGCACAAGAGCCAUGGUCUACUACAUGUCUACUACUAUCAUUGCUGCUGUGCUAGGGGUGAUUCUGGUUUUAGCCAUUCAUCCAGGAAAUCCAAAACUCAAAAAGCAGCUGGGAGAAGGGAAGAAAAAUGAUGAAGUAUCCAGUUUGGAUGCUUUCUUGGAUCUCAUCCGAAACCUGUUCCCUGAAAAUCUAGUCCAAGCAUGCUUCCAACAGAUUCAAACUGUCACCAAGAAAGUCCUGGUACCCCCAGAAACCGAAGAACCACCUAACAUCACUGACUCUGUCUUUGCUAUGAUGAAUGAGACGAUGACCGAAGAACCACCAGAAGCCCAGCUGGUCAUUAAAAAGGGGCUUGAGUUUAAAGAUGGAAUGAAUGUCCUAGGCCUGAUAGGGUUCUUCAUUGCUUUUGGCGUAGCUAUGGGGAAGAUGGGAGAGCAGGCCAAGAUGAUGGUGGAUUUCUUCAACAUCCUGAAUGAAAUCGUAAUGAAACUAGUCACUAUGAUCAUGUGGUACUCCCCUUUGGGCAUUGCCUGCCUUAUUUGUGGGAAAAUCAUUGCAAUUAAGGACUUAGAGGUGGUUGCUAGGCAACUUGGAAUGUACAUGGUAACAGUGAUCGUGGGCCUUCUCAUCCAUGGAGGGAUCUUCUUGCCUUUACUGUACUUCGUGAUAACACGGAAAAGCCCCUUCUCAUUCCUUGCUGGCAUUUUCCAGGCAUGGAUCACAGCUCUCGGCACAGCUUCCAGUGCUGGUACUUUACCUGUUACUUUCCGUUGCCUUGAAGAAAACUUGGGCAUUGAUAAGCGUGUAACAAGAUUUGUCCUGCCUGUUGGAGCAACAAUUAACAUGGAUGGGACUGCCCUUUAUGAAGCAGUUGCUGCCAUCUUCAUAGCACAGAUGAAUGGAAUUGUGCUGGAUGGUGGGCAGAUAGUCACUGUGAGCCUGACAGCCACCUUAGCAAGUGUUGGAGCUGCCAGUAUACCCAGUGCAGGACUGGUCACCAUGCUUCUCAUCCUCACCGCAGUGGGUCUCCCCACUCAGGACAUCAGUCUUCUUGUUGCUGUUGACUGGCUCUUAGAUCGGAUGAGAACAUCAGUAAAUGUAGUGGGAGAUUCUUUUGGUGCUGGCAUUGUGUAUCACCUUUCCAAGGCCGAGCUGGACAACCUUGAUUCCCAGCAUAAGGUGCAUGAAGACAUUGAAAUGACCAAGACUCAGUCAAUUUAUGAUGACAUGAAAAAUCAUAGGGAAAACAACUCAAACCAAUGUGUUUAUGCAGCUCACAACUCUGUCAUAAUAGAUGAAUGCAAGGUGACACUGGCAACCAAUGGCAAAUCUGCAGACUUCACUGUUGUUGAGGAAGAGCCUUGGAAACGUGAAAAUUAAGGAAAGAGAGUCCCAUCUCCACCUUUAAUAACCCCUUGAAGCUAUCUUAUGGUAAAAGAUAUCAAGAUUAAAGAAUAUUUCUCUAUUUAUUUAACAUCUAAAGUUUCUGCUUACUCAAUUUGUUAACUUGAAACUUAGCAAAGAUCUAAAAGUAAUUUUAGCUACCAUGUUUUUGCCAAAUAGUGAUCCAUAGCAAUCUGUCUCAGUUGUACUAUUUGAAUGGAUGCCGCUGGAGAAUACUCAGUGAGUUAAGAGAUGUUCUUACCAGCCUCUCCCGUUUGCUCAAGAUGCAGAAAAUGUAGAUGCUGCAAAAUGGAAAGUUCAAAAAGCCAGUGUGGCUUUCUCCAGGGACUCAGGGUAAUGAACAAGUAUCCUAUAAACCUUAAAGUGUUCUCAGUGUCUCUUCUUGUGAUGUAUGUAUGAAUCAGAACUGCGGUCAGCAUUAUGUAACUACACUAUUUAUUGUGUCUCUAAAGGUUUUCUAUACGUUUUACAGAUAAUUUGUAGCUGGCAUGAGGGACUCAGAAUUUUCAUCUUCCAGGCGUACUUUAAAUUGUUUCAAAUAUUUCAUUUAGAUUUUGGGGAAUAAAUUCACCCCAGGAGUAACUUCAUUAAAAUCAAUGGAAUAAAUAGAAAGGGCCAAAUUCUGACACCCUUUCUCACAUGGUGCCAGACUCUGAUGCUCUCUUCAAAUCAAAUAGGACCCUACACCACACGUAAUCUCAAUGAAACUUUUCAAGGAGAACAGUGUUAUUUGAUUUAAGGAAGAGCACCAGAAUCGGUCUGUGAAUGAUUAUUGAACAUUCUCUUUGUUGAGAUGAACAAUUAUAUGUAAUAGAGUGUUAACAUUUAAUGGUGCUUAGUGCUUAGCAUAUGUCAGUUUGUUAACCAAGCUAAACUAAAUGUAUAUUUAGGACACUUAAUUUGAAGUGAUAACUAUUUUUCUUAAAUACAUUUUACUUUUGAGCCAAUGAGCUAAAUCCUGAAGUCGUUACCUGGACAAAUUUUGAUUGAAGUCAAUGGGAAUUUUGCCAGGGCUAGGACUUAGUGAAUGGUAAACCAGAACUUCAGGAUUCAGUUUAAUAACUUGAAUCUCCAUCUUUCUAUUGUGAAGCAACAAUUUGUAUAAAAUUUAGAUAAGCUAUGAUUCUAGACCACAUGGUAUAUGAAUAAACAAGGCAGAGUUCUGUUAAUACGGUAUAACUAAUUCAUUCAUCUGUAAGAUGUAGAAGUGCAAUAAUGAUUCUUUUAGGUUGUUUAAAAGAUGCUUGUUAAAAAUCAGUGCUUGUAAAGACAUAGAUAAAUUCUGCUAUGAAAUUAAUAAUGUUUUACAGCAAAGCUGAUCUGGGUAAUCUUGGGAAACCUUGCCCUCUGAACAAAGAUUGUGUGGCAUGUUGUGUUUUCUUAAAAUGUUCUCUAAAAUGCCCAGAUUAUGAUCUCAUAAUUAACAUAACUACAAGAUGAAAUGAGAAAUGAAGCACAUAUGAACAUAUAUUUCUUUCUGUCCAUGUGCAGUGCUGCUAUUUGUGUAUACAAAAAUAACAUAUGUGAAUGUAGAGUUUAAACAAGAAUACAGUCUGAUUUUGCUAAUUUGUACUCAUGUUAGCUGUUCCACUGAAGUCACUAUGGGCCCAUGCUAGUAAGGACUACUCACCUGUUUAAUGGUUUGCAGAAUCAAACUUAUUGUCAACAUAUUUACUGUUCAAAUAUUUGUAGUUGUGCAGUAUUUUCUUUGGGAACUUUAGUGGUCUUUUGACAUCCUCAUGCUGCUUCACUAACUGAAACAUCUGAAAGAAUUUAAUACAGUAGUUGUUAAACUACUGUGAGUACUUAAGACAUUAUUCUGGCAACCUAAAAAAUUAAUAAGAUUUAGUCCUUUUCUGUAGGACUUUUGUACCGUUGAAUAAUGUAUCAGGGAUAGAAUUUCUAUUCUAUAGAGAAAAAAGUUAUUUUCUACUUGAUUCACUUAGGACUUCAUCAUUCGUCAGUCUUUAAUAAUUUUAGUAUUUGAAGGGACCUAAUUUUAUCUUCUCCUCUCCCUACAUGCAUGCAUGCACACAAACACAGGCACACAUACACUUCUUGGAUCUCUUCUUUCAUUUUAAAGAAGAAGUUACAGCCAGAAAAAUGGAAAGACUACAUCUUGUUCAGUAUACAGAACUUCUCAGGAUCCUAGUAUGGAUUUGAAGAAGAGUUCACAUCCCUGACACCCCUCCCCUCAAAGAAAUAAAGUGACCAAGACAGCACUAGCACACUCUAAAAUGAACUCUAUUUAACAUAAGGGCUUCUGGCUCACCUCAAAUGAAAGUCACAGAGAGCUAAGUGGCAAUUGCAUAGAGUGACCAUUUUUCCCAAAGAGAAAACAGGACCUUCAGCUUCUCACCUGAGACCUCUUCUUUCCACACAAAGCUGUUGUCUGUUUCUGGUGUCCUGCAGGGCCUCAUCAGGAGACCGUUGGCUGGAACCCUGAGAGGCGGGGGUGGAGAUUCCCUCAGGGGGCUGUUGCCCAUGCCUGAAACCCUGCUGGCUCCCCCCACAUGCAGUAACACUUCUUGCCCUCUCCCCCAGAUCUGCCUUCCCCAUGAGGGGGUGAGGAAGGGGCUGGCAUCUCUGCUUGCCUUUUCUGUAUCACAAGCCACUUAUUUGGCAAAAGAAGCCAUUUGCCCCAGUUGCUUUUGCUAACUGAUUGUGCCAGAGCAUAUGGUACAAAUUCUUCCUCUUAAAAAAAAAUUGGGACUGCCAGUACAGGAUUUACUUAAGGGAUAAUCCUGGCCAAAAUGGACAUAUGAUCACUCUACAAUUGUACCAAAGUAGAACAUUGUGUUGUAAUACAGAGCUUGGGUUCUCAAAGACUUUCAGAACAUGACACAUAUUUUAGAGAUUUGCUCUCCCAAACCAUCUCCGUCAUAUUUAUUAUAGCCUAAGUUCCCUGUGGCAGCUACAACAAUUGUUUACAGAGAAAGGUAACAUUAGGAAAGUGUUUAGUAUAUUUUUAAGCUGUCUGUUAAACAGUAUAGCUGGAAACAGGUAAGAGAGCCAGCACCAUGUGACUAAUCCACUCCUGGUUCAGAAUAUCCUACCUUUCACUUAUCUGAUUUGGACAUUUUUCCCUUUAUAAAAUGUGACGUUUCAGAUGGGGCUAGAAGAGGUGAAAAUCUAGAUCAACUCUACCCAGGUACAGAGAACAAUUUGGGGCUUUAGUUUUGACUAAAAAAGCAGAUUAUAGGACUUUUAAGUAAGACUUUAUAGCUGCAGUAACUCAGGGAACUUUCUAAAGAUAAUUACCAUGUCGUUCUUCUACUUAUAAUAUAGAGAUGUACUGCUUAUGGAAAAUACUUUGGCUAUCUCCCAGGCUGAAAUCUCCCAUGUAAUAUUUAAUGUGUAGCUACUCUGGCACAAUACUGAAUUAAACUAUCAAAAAACUUUUCUUUUGUUGGGGGAAAAUGUAACUCAUACUUGGCUCGCAGCUAGUAAUUUGCUCAUUCCACAUGAGGCUGGGUUGCUGCUUAACUAAACAAACAAGAAUAAAACCAGUAAAUGUCCACUUGAGCAAAUACAAAUUUCACAUUUGAGUGGAUAAUGCUUGUCACUGUCACAUCUUCCUUUAUUAGGAGCUUUAGACAUUAUUUUACAUCUGGUCUUCAGAGAGUUCUCUUCCUCUACUCACUUUCCCCCCAUUGUUUGGAUGGCAAAACUCAGGGAUGUGCACAAAGUGAAGCAGCACAUGCUCUGAGCUAUUUUCACAUGAAUUGAAGUUCCUUUUUUACAGUAAUUUCCUUUGCUCAGCUCUCAGCCACUCCCCUGUUGCUUACAGAAGUAUGAUAUAUGUAUACCAUCUAGAAUAUUGACUUCAUCAGUGGAACAUGGAAAACCUUGAUGCUAGUAAGUAUUCUUAGCCAGGAAGGCAUUUAAGCCCCCAGUUAAAAUUUAGCAGCACAUGCUUUUCUGAAUAGCACUGUACUUAAGUAUUUACUUGAGAACUUUGCUGAAUGAGGGUCAUUGCGCUGUCAGUGUUUGUUCUGAUGCUACUCUUCCAGGCUCAGUGCUCGCUAGUUAACUUAGGGGAACAGUUUGCUUCUGAAUUUGUUCCUUCUUCAGUACAGGCAGUCCCCGGGUUACGUACAAGAUAGGGACUGUAGAUUUGUUCUUAAGUUGAAUCU